AUGCGGACAGUGAAUGGAUCGAUGCUCUUCUUUUCACACCAUUUCUCACUGAGCAGCUUUAUUGGCAGAGUAUGCCGAUUGUCUUGCUGCGCAAACGUUCUUUCGAAUGGCCGGACUUCCGUAUCAGCUUCGACAACGACCAAAUGUGGAUUUCAUCUCGCCCACCGGGAAAGUACCAUUUUGAAGCUCAACAACGUUCUUGUGGCUGAAUUCCCUGGAAUUGUCGAUUUUGUUGCUCAGAAGGGAGUGAAACUUUCAGCUCAUUUAACCGAGGUUCAAUUAGCUGAAAUGAUGGCCCAUAUGUCGAUGAUCGAUCUUCUUCUACGGAAUAUUGAGAUCUACGUUGUUUGGCGACAUGACGAAACUUUUUCCAAGAUCUACCUCAUCUCGAGUCGCGUCAGUGUUCCAUUGGCCUCUCACAGUCAUUUUGCCAAGAUUGGAAACGACGAGAGA